AUGUCCAAUCUAACUGUUAACUCGAACUCUGACUUUAUAAGUUCUAUUGAAAUUGCCACUUCGGAAUAUUUUAAAAAUAUAGCACCUUCUUCAUGGUCAUAUGAAAGCUUUCUUGCAACCAUGAAACCUUACAUUCUGUUGGAAGAUGAAAGAGAACUUUCGGCCAUCUGGCGAAAAAGAUUUCUUAAUGCUCUAAGUGUGAUUAUCACCAAUUAUAAAGAAAAUGUUGAACCUAGUAAACAAGUUCAGCAGAUUGCAUCAUUGUUAACAAAUCAGGAAUAUCGUUCAAGAGAAAACAAGGCAAAAGUAGAAGAAAAACUUCGAUAUACACAGUUUAUCUUCAAAGAAAACUCUAAGAUAGACGCUUUAAAAAUAUUAAAAAGUGCAAGGACACAACAAACAGCCCAAUUGAGUGGUGAAAUUAAUCUUAAUAAACAGACAAUUAGUAACGAUGAUAUUGCAUUUAAUCCAUUGUUAAACAUUAAAUCAAUUGAAAAACCACAUUUGAAUGCUUUUGUACACCCAUGUCUAGAUGCUGCACUCUGGUACAUUGCUCGGAUAAAUUAUGAAUAUGGAGAAAUUCCUUCACAAAAUCAUGUAACUCGUAAUUUGGCAGAUGGUGUAGGUUACAUGACGAGCGCAGAUAAAUUUCAAUUAGUUUAUGUAGAAGGUGCAAGUCCCGUGGCAAAAGAGGACAAAGAAAUAGCAGAUGCAGAAAAAAUCGCGAAAAAUUUAAGGAAUAUGUUCAAUAACAUAAUAAAGAAUUCUUUUAAUAACAGGAAGUGUAUCCCAGAAAGUUUGAGAGUCUUUGGUGGUCAAAGCUUCAGAUUACAGAUAUAUCUCUUCUAUUUAGAUUUCCAUGACAAAUAUCACCUACAUGAAGUAGAAAAUGCAAACCUUCCAAGGGACUUUUCGGAGAUUGAGGAUUUUGUUCCUUUUUAUGAGUGCAUACUAAAAUGGGCGUUACUUGUGAAAGAAAUGACAGAGAAAUUCGAAAUUUCAAGAAAAAAUAAAAGACCAUCACAAAAUUUAUCAAAUGAUAACAGUAAGAAAUAUGUUCCAUUAUACGUUUAUGAUGGUUGGUAUCAUAAACCUCCUAAAGUGGCGAUAAACCUUUUACUGCAAGAAAAAUUUGGACCUACACAAUUAAAAAAUUCAAUUGAAAAUUAUUAUUUUAAAAAAAGUUAUCAGGAAGCAUUAAGAUUAUCGUUAGAAUAUAUUGAUUUUGUAGAAAAAUCAAACAAUCACAAUUUAGCUAAUGAUGGUAGUAGUAAUAGCAAUGUUUAUAAUAAUCCCAAUAGAUUAACUAGUACGCGUGAAAUGUUAGAAAUAGCUUCUCAAUGUGCUUUAAAAUUGGGAGAUAUUGAAUUGGCUGUAAAAUGUGCUGAUAAACUGGUUUCAAAUGAACCUGGACAUAUAAACCUUAAAGAUUCGAUCAAAUGGUUUGUUAAAUAUCAGAAAAUUCGUAAAAAUGAUUAUAUUGUGUGGAAAGAAAUUGGUAAAACAUUCAUCAAUCAUUCUGAAAAUAAAACUGUUACCGAUAGUAAUAAUAGUAAUAGUAAUAGUAUAAUAUAUCAACAGUUUGCAUUGAUAUGCUUGAAACAUUCUUAUAAUAUAAUGGUAAAAUCUAAUUGGCAACAUCAUAUAGAUUAUUUAGAAAUCAGAUAUUUGGCUGAAAAGAAAGAAAUUGAAGAUUUAAUAAAUAAUUUAGAUAAAAGAAUUUUACUAAAUGCAGUGAACGCAGUGAAUAUAGUAGAAUUAACUGAUUGGAUAAAUAAUUUAAAGAAUCUAGAAGAAAAAGAAGACCAUUCAUCAAAUAACCUGGAUAUUGGAUCGGAUUUUAUUAGCAGACAAUAUCAACCGCUUAUAAGAGCUGUUAAUAAUAAUGAAAUAAUUAUGCAAAAUAUGAAAUGGGGAUUGGUUCCAUUUUGGACAAAGACAUCCCCGGAUUAUCCAAAUAUCAUUAAUUGUCGUGAUGACUCAUUACUUGAUGGUGGUAAAUCAAUGUUUACAUCGAUGAAGAAUUCUAAACGUUGUGUAAUAAUAGCUGAAGGAUUCUAUGAAUGGCUUAAAAAAGGAAAUAAAAGAUUGCCAUAUUAUACCAAAAGAAUAGAUGGUGAAUUAAUGUUAUUUGCCGGACUUUAUGAUUGCGUAACAUUCGAGUCAUCGGAAGAAAAAGGAGAAACAGGAAAAGAAGAGUUAUACACUUUUACAAUAAUUACAACAAAAUCAUCAAAGCAAUUAUCAUUUCUUCAUGAUCGUAUGCCAGAUAUAGAAAAAGAUGAGUUAGUUAUCAUGUAUGACCCAUAA